UUUCCGAAGAAGAAGACCUCUUCAAACGUGUCGCUGCUUGUUUUUACCAGAGCGCCUGAAAAGUUGAGCCCAUUAUGAACUGAAGAGGACAGAAUAUAACACUUAAAUUGUCUCUCAGUGGUAAUCGUGAGACUUCAACAAAAUGUCUGAUUCAGACUCUGAUGGGGAUUGGAACGAUGAAAUAAAGAUGAAAUUAUGGAGAUUAGACAAAGCCACCAAAUUUCAUCUAUCAGAGAGAGGUUUUCAGCAGUGGUGCGCCAUACCGCUUACCUCCAAGAUAGAAGGUGCACAGCGAAUGAGAGUCUGUGUGUUUUGGUUUCCCUCUCUGCUGCAGCCAGAUAAUUCCAGAACCUGCGACUGGGCUGUAGCAGUUGGUUUAAUCAACAGCAAGAAAAGUGGAAGGCUUCAUUUGAAUAACCUACACAAAAUACAAGUGGUUGAAAAAAUCCUUUUGAACCUGGAAGUUGGAAGUUGGGACAAAGAUUUUUCCAAAAAGAUUUUUGCCAUUUGUAACGAGUUGUCUUUGUGCGGUUCACCAGAUGUCAUGGAAGAAACAGUUCGCUGGUUGGAGAAGUCUGUGUAUCGGAUAGAACGGGAGCAGCUGCUCUGCCUCGGAGACAUCCCAGGCUGUUAUGCAACCUUCACCUUCAUCUUCUCAGAGUAUUGUAAGUUUAUCCUUGAAAUGAGCAAAAACUUGGACUCAACGAUGAAGGCCCUGAGGUCGCCGCCAGAAGAUUCUGCUUUAGAGAAAAGUAGGGCAAUGAAAAAGCUGGGAAAUGACAAGUUCCAGGAACAGCAGUAUGGAGAAGCGCUAAAGUAUUAUACUAAAGCCAUCAAAGUUUAUCCUGACAACCACAUUCUUUAUGGAAACAGAGCCCUGUGUUACAUCAAGCAGAAGGAAUAUCUAAAAGCAGCAGGCGAUGCAAAACGGGCUAUUCUCAUCGACCCGCUCUGGGCAAAGGGCCAUUACCGAUACUGUGAGGCCUUGUUCUACAUGAAGGAGAGAGAUUUAGCUCUUGAAGCCCACACUACUGCUAAGAUACUGUGUAAAGACAACCCAGAGGGACUCAGAGAUCUGGAACAGCAGUACUUAAAGUUUAAUUCAGAGUCUGUCCCUGGUAAGGAGACCUUUUCUGUUUUUAUCUUCCCUCUAUCACGCUACUUUGCUUUGCUUUCAGCUGAACAGCAACAGCCUUACAGCUUUAAAGCAGGGUUAGUGAAAAAAACCCAACAGCCAACACAAACAGGCGGUAAAACUAAUCCGCCAAAAAGCCCAGCAGCUAAGGUUCCUGUGUGUAAAAUGGAAAAAAAGACAGAGCAUCUUAAAGUUUCUCUUGACCAAGAGAGAAGAUCGAAAAACUUCAAAACAUCAAAAAGUGACCGAGAAGAGUCUGUCAGCGCUGGAGAACAAGUCACAAAGAACAAAUCAAAGAACAUGAGUGACAAAGUGCAAAAACCAAGCCAAAAGAAACCUGACAGCAAAGAGUUAUGCAAAGAGUUGAAGUUUCUGGUGCAGGAAGCUCACACCGCCCUGUCGGACCGCCGCAGCCAUAAUGCAGAGCAGGCCUUCAGCCGGGCCCUGGAUCUGCUGGAAGGUGCAACCCCUAAGAGCCUUGGCCUUUCCACACUGGAUGUCCUCUUGUUGCUGUUUGGACGAGUAUCAGCUUUGAUAGAAAUUGGACAACCAGAUGAACUUGCUGAAGCAGAGAAACUCCUUGAGAAGAUGAAAUCAUUUGAAGAGCGGACGUUUCAGUGUCUGGUUUACUACGCCAUCGGCCGUGUGUUUCUCAGAGAAAACAGGUUUAAAGUUGCCAUGCAGCAGUUUUUAGAUUCACUGCAGAUGGUGAAGAAUCAAAUAACACCGGGAAAACUCACCUGGCCUUUAACUAAAGAGAUUAUUAAGGAAACACAACCAGAUGAUUUUAAGGAAAUGCUUGAGAAUGCUAUAGAGUUGUGUAAAUUUCCUCCUGCCCCUGAUGCCAUUUGUCGUCUUGAAAAAUGCCUUUUCCCUCUAAAGCCUGAGAUCUAUUUCACAGACCCAGAUUUUAAGGGCUACAUUCAGAUAUGCUGCUGUCAAAGCUGCAGGGUUGAAUUUCACAUCAACUGCUGGAAGAGCCUGAAGACAACGAAGUUCUGUGAGAAGAAUGAAAAGGAUAUUCUUCAUGAGGCGUGUUUUACUCCUGACUGUUUAGGUAAAAUCUGCAGUAUAAAAAUCUUUGGUCCCACAGGUUUGGUAAAAUGUAAGUUUGAAACGAUGAUUGUUAAACCGGAGAUGCCAAAGAAACCAAAGAUGAACCAGAAAGCGACAAGUGUAAAGAAGUUAAAGUCAAAGGAGGAUCAGAAGCAGAAGAGGAAAGAAUCCAAACAGACGAAGGAUAAUCAGACCAUCAGCAAUGAGAUUCUGCAGAAGAAAGACGAAUCAAGAACACAGAGUCAACAAAAAGCCUGGUUGGUGUACAGAGAUCGAGUUCUCUUGCAAAUCAGUCAGAACAUGGAUCUUCUGCGGGAGGAGCAGGGCCUCCAGGUGUCCGUGCUGACUGGAAGCCUGCAGCCCUGGUUGGAGCUGGACUGGUCCAGGGGGAAUCAAAUUGCUGGCAGACUGCUGAACUGGCAACAGGAAAAACUGGAGACUUUGGGCCAAGCGUUGGACCUCCUGCUGGAGAGAAAGAACCGGGUCUGGGCACGAGUUUUUGUAAAACUACUUAGCAGCUGUGUGGGUAUAAAUUCCAAGCUGAGCAACUGGGCACGCCAGCUUGACAAUGCAGGUCUGAACGCAGCCCAGUCUUUCAUAGACCGACACUUGGAACACCUGGAGCAGCUGGAUCUGGCUAUUCUGCUGAACUUUGACCCAUUAAUGGAAAUUAUUUUACAGAAACUUGACAUUACUGCAGAAUUUUUUCCAAGCCUUGGCUUGACUGUGGCUGAGUAUCUAAAACAGGCUUCAGCUCAUGACAUGAGGCUGUUUAUCUGGACUCUGGAGGAGCAUAGAGAGGGCUAUGUUUCUUGUCACACUAUAUUGGAUGAAUAUUUUGAUAUGGAUGGACAUUGUUCUGUCUUAAAAAAGUCUGAAAAUGAACAUAAUUCCCCUACGAGGGCUAAGAGUCGAGGCAGGAAAAAGAAACGGAAGAAUGUUAUCGGUUUCUGUCCACUGAGGGGAGUAGCUCAGAGAGAGGAGUGGGACCAAGACUUUUUUGAUGAUGACUCUUUAUCAUUCCUCCACCCCAAUGACCCCUUCACUGUUCCACGUUUCCUUCAAGAGGAGGUGGAGGAUUUUGAGGAGUAUUACAGCAGAUACCUAAAUCCAUCUAAAGAAAGUUUGUAUGACUACUUUGCUCAGAUCCUGGAGGAGCACGGCCCCCUGGCGGUCGAUGACCACUUGCUUGUGGGCGGUUAUGCAAACUUCCCCUACGAUGUCAGAAAGAGGAUUGAUGAUGCGGGCGGCCUGGAGUUCUUCCUGUUGGAGUCCCUCCGCUUCAUUAAGCUGGGAAGGUGCAUCGGUCUGGCCAAACACGCCGUCUCCAUGCAGCAGGCCAGACACGGCCCCAGCCUGGACGACCUGGACGAAAUAGUUGAUUCUCACUGUGACUCUUUAUCACCUGACUUGUAUACAGCUAGUGAUUUUACAGACUUUUCAAAGGGUUAUUCCCCCAUACCCCAAGCAUCACAUUUAGUUCUCCCAAACCCGUAUUCAUAUAGCUCCUCCGUGUCCCCCUGGCCUGUCUCAGACUUUGACCCAUCCCCUCACUUUUUAACCAAUGGUUUCACAGAGCCUCAUCUGGAUGUUCUGGAUGAAAUUUAUGAAAACCCCGAAACGAAUUCAGCUUCACAGAGAAAUAUUUUGUCCCCGGAUGAAAAUUGCUCCAGUAAACAUGCUUCAGUGCAGACGUGUCCGGAAGCGUGUAGAAGUGUGGUGGUGAACACAGAGCUUUAUGAGCAUUUUGAGAAAUGCCAGGGUGAUAUCAUCAAGCAGGAGAAGAAGAACAAGGAGCUGGAGGAGCAAAUAAAGAUAACUGAAAACUGUGAAAAACCUGAUCCAAGCAACAAUAGAGAAAUCAUUUUAUUGGAAAAACUAAUAAAUGACAACACUCUAAAUAUACAGGUGACCAAUAAGGAGCUGGUAAUGUUUCAACAAAAGCUGGAGGAGGAGGUGAAGAAGGACCAGAAGGAGAAGAAGGCCAACCAGGAGGAGCUGAAGUCCCUGAAGAUGGAGCUGGAGCAGCUGGUGGAGGAACAGGGCAGCCUCUCCAGGAACAUCAGAGAGAAGAGGAGCAGCUAUGAAGCCAAACUCAAUGACUUCUUGGAGCUGAGCAAUCAGUCAGCAGCUGAGAAGAUGAGUUUGGAGGAUGAGAUAAAGCGCUGCAAGGCUUUGCUAGCUUCUUCUACCAGAAGGUCCCACAUUGCUAAGCUGUCGGUAAUUGAAAGCAGCAGGGAUCAGGGUUUAUACGGCCUCUACAGAGAGCUGGCAGACGCCAAAGCUCUGCUGAACAAACUGGACGAGGCAGCGCACAGAAACUCGAGCCAGGAGCUGGAAAUGAUGAGGGACAGCUGCAAAGCAAAGAUGGAAGAAGUGGAGAAGAACAUCUCCACUGCUCAGCAACGAUUCCAGGAGCAGCAGGAUGAGCUGAAUAAAGACAGAGCGGCCAGUCAGCCGCCUCUGGCCAAAGACAAACCUCAGGCUGUAACAUUACCACUCUCUGCAACAGCCAAAGAGUUUCACCCUCUGAUGUCAGCUCAGACCGCCCGCAGUGCUUCUCCUCGCUCUGCAGCCGAAGCGUCGGCCACUUCUCCUUACAAGCUGCACAGACCUGUGUUUGAGAAAGCCAUGGAGAACUUGACUGCCAUUUUCCCAGACUCUUCAAGGUCUGAACUGAUGAGGUUCAUUCAGGAGUUUCGUUCGUCUAGGGGCGGGAACCUGAACAGCGUGUCGUUACAGGAGGUCGUCAGCGGAGUGACACAAAUCAUCCUCGAUCAUCAGGAAACACUGAAAUCUGUCAGAACCAACAUCAUGGGUCGAUCCAGUCCAGCCCUAACCCAGCAUACAGCGUGGCAGUCGGUCGGAGCCAAAGCAGUCAAAAACCCCAGCGCUCUCAACAUGGAGGACCCGUGCAUCAUCUGCCACGAAGACAUGAGUCAGGAGGACUCGUGCGUGCUGGAGUGCAGACACACGUUCCACGAUGAGUGCAUCAGGUCAUGGCUGAAGGAGAAGAACACCUGUCCCACCUGCAGGAACCACGCACUGAUACCUGACGAGUUCCCCGUUCUGUCCAGCAGGAGACGCAAAGCUCCCUGAUGUCUCAGUCCCUCUACCCCCACUCUUCACCGCCAUCAUUUCUGCUUUUAUUCUUAUUUUUAAAUUAAGUUCUUUAAACUCCAAAUUUGUUAUGUGUUUUAGUUUGUUUGAUUGCUUGUUGUUUCCUGCUUUUAAGGAUUGUUUGCUAACCUGAGGAAAUAAACACCUUUGUGUUGGAGCUCA